UAUGAGAACUCCCCAGGUGCGACAUCCAGAACGUAAUUCCUUCUUCACACUCGGAAUCAGAACCGUCAGAGAAUAUCAGGCUAAAAUAUGUCUGUAGAAACCCGUGAUGCACAAAAUUCGAGUGCCUCCCUUAUAAGCAUUUGGCCGGAAUGGUCUGAGCAGGAUAUUUUAGGGGAAAAAUGGGACGCCCAAGGAAUACUGUCGCAAAGUGCAAAAAGUGCAAAAGACCCGAAAGGUCGCAGUGCCUCAUUCGAAGAUCCUGAUGGACGGACGCGUUUGCCGCAAAGUCUUAUGUCUGUCGUUCGCGACUGGAAGCGACCCCAGGAACUGUUCGGAGAAAAUUUGUGUGUUGUUCGCAAUGUGAACUACAUCAACCUUAAGGAUGCCAAUUCCCAUCUCAUGCGCAGUGAAUUAAUACGGCAUUUCAUCAGCUAUGUCACGUUCAUCUGGUUCAGUGCACAGAGAAAGAAAAUUCACAAAGGAUCUGUGACAUCUUCAGUGCAGGCUCAUCCGGUUCUCGGGCCGUUCUCAGUGGCUGUAAGCGAUGCACCUGCUAAAAGUGCAGUGGGAGGCCAUAAAGAAUCUAAAGUUAAUCUAAGCGCAAAAGAUAUGAUGUCUGCAAAAAGCUCUCAGCCGGAUUUCGCGGUGGGUCGCCCAGCUUGCUUUGAAACUGAGCCAAUGGCUGAUUGGGCGCCUUGGAAUUUAAUUUUCGGUGGCCCGAUGGUGGCCGGAAAGACGACAGUCAAAGGGGACGCCGGGCAGACUUUGCCUCAGUACAAUCCCAAUGGAAAGUACGCGGUGCGACUAUUCUGGAUGGGAACGUGGCGUAAAAUAAGUGUCGAUGAUCAGAUACCAGUGGAUGAAAAUAAUCACAGUCUGCUACCGAUUUGCUCAGAACCCACGGAAAUCUGGCCAGUUAUUUUGUCCAAAGCCGUAUUGAAAAUUGCCGCCUUAGAUUUUGGAGGAGGAUUAUCUAGUUCCGAAUUUGGCGAUCCGGCUUUUAUACUGCAUGUUCUAACUGGAUGGGUUCCAUACGUUAUCUAUCUGGAUAAUCCAAAAUUUACAAAAAAAUUCAUGUGGAAUAAGUUGCAAGCCUUGCUUGCUGUUAACCGGAAAUCUCCACCCGAGGAUAUCCUGUCCGCAUUAGCAGUAAACUGGGACAUUCGAACUAUACCAGCAGUUCGAGAAUGGAAGCUAGAGAAUCACCCAAAUAACUUGCAGAAAAUUGAUAUCUUGCGAAUGGAGCGAGCAAAUGCGGCAAACAACCUCUCAUCUGCUGCUACGGCUAUGGCUAGCGCUCCGGUAUCCAGCCAGUCGACCGCAAACUCACUUGCUCCCAAAGCUGCUGCCCGAGGAGCAAGCGCUGUACCGCGCAAACCAGACGCAGCGUCUCCAAGUUCCCUAGUCAUUCCACAGAAUCCUGUACACAGUGCAGAAACACCAAAACUUGCGAAACAGCGAAAGAUGCCGGAAAUAUUUUUAAUGGCAACGUACCGCAGUGCUCAUCAUGACCAGCCGAUAUUCGACAGAAAUAUACCUUCGCGUUCCGAAAACCUGUACAACAAUGGAUUUCUCCGGAGCGAAUCGCACCCUGUUUUCUUACGACGAAUGCGGGAUGUCUAUCCCAGGCGGUUAGCCAUCGCGGUCAUUCCACGCUACAAAAUGGUACGCCCACUCAAGGUGGCAGCCCAUCGGUACACGACAAAAGCAGACGGCGCCCGAUUGGCCAGGUCGCAUCCAGUUCGCUAUAUCGAAUUCUUAUCUUUAUUUUGGAGGGAAAACGGUCGGCUAGUCCAUCAGACCCCGAUCCGGGCAGAGAAACUCGUAAAGAAAGUGAUAGCAUCGCCGGAAACUGAGAUCAGAUUUAAACCGACUGACGGAUAUCAACAACUGCUGCCACCGUUACCAGAGGACGCUGCGUAUCCACGGGUCAAGAAAAAAGUAAUUCCUGUAGAGCCUCCUCCGCCGCCACCGCCUUCACCACCUCCAACACCCGUUCACGGCGAGAAACCGGGGAAAGGAAAGGGCGGAGAAGCCGGCAAAGGAGCAGCGGUUCCUGUUCUUGAGUUACAAUCCCCACCACCACCAAUUCGUCCACCGGCGGGAAACGCCGAGGAACUACAACGUUCCACAAGACUGUCAUUCGGAUCCAUAGAAUUUAAUCAGUUUAUUGACAGCCUGGAGCAACUGUACAUUUUAUUCAAGCCAGAAUCGUUCGAUCACGUGGCCUCCUUCAGCUACUAUCAGCCCAAUGUUGUGGAUGGCCGGGUGGCCGUAACGAAGAAGAAAGGCGGAGCAGAACCAGCUGUACAGCAUAGUGUGAAUAAUGUGGAGACAACGCGUGCCACCCCCAAGCAGGUCGUAAACAGUGUACAAACAAAGUAUGGAAAAACCUUGCUAGAACUGCCGUCAGUAUUUCUGUUCGUGGAUAAUCCUUAUCCCACCAAUGUUAUUUUGUGCGUAUCGACGGUAUCGCGAUGGCCGUACGCGCCUCGAAACAGCGACUUCAAAUCACAGGAUCGUUUAAGUGUGGUGAUGGAUUCCGACGACGCGAGAACACCAGCUGCGGAAAAGCCAUAUCCAGUUAUUGUUACUGCAAAGCGGCAUAGCUGGUUGGAUUACAGCGUUCAACCCGCCCUUUUUACUGUAAAGACGUCAUCGGUUCAGGGUGUGUGCUACCACAUACCUGCUGGGAAACAUGUUUGGCGCCUAAGUGUAUCGUGCCCUAAUAGAAAAGAAUCAGAGCCGCAAGGGUUUGUCAUCAAGGCGAUCAGCAAAGAUCCUGUGCAAAUUGGUGCUGAAGAACAUAUUCUAAAGAUGACUGGCGCCGAUUCAUACUAUUUUACGGUAAUGGCUAAAAGAAUAUUGGCACCACUUCUCAAAUGGUGGCGCAUUAAUGGGACUCCGACAUUUGCACAUCCACCUCACCAUGAAAUCAUUAAACUGCUUGGGCUGGAAGAGGAUGCUCCUGACAAGAAUUCUCGUGGGGUAUUUUUAGAAGCUAUGCUUCGAGGAAUAUAUAACGCAAUCCAACAAAAUCUCAAGGAUUUUUGCCAUCCGAAAGCCUCGAUGGCGCUCAGGGCCUUUUUUAGCGACAUCACUACUACUAGCAUGUUAAAAUUCACUAGCAUCCAUCUAAUAAAGCGUGACUCAAAAGGCAACGCCCCAAUCCCGCUGUCCAAGGCCGACACCCAUGGCGGUCGUGCAACCGAAACUAUGAAACGAGGUAAGCAAAAGAAUGCUGAUUCCUCCAGAGAAACCAAGACCAACCCGGUGGCACCGUCCAGCCUACAAGUGGAAAAAGAUGUUCCAAAAAGCGCAAAAUCCGUUAAACAGCCGCCUGCAGCAGAUCUCACUAUAAAAUUUAAAAACACACCCGAAGCUCAAAAGGCGGUGAUUAUGUGGGAAAUGUACUUUUUCUCCAUUCGAGCUAAAGCUGUUCGAGAGGCGCGCCGUUCUGGGAGUAAAAAGAAAGACGCAGUUUUGAAAAUUUGCCAGGAAAUGCUGGAAGCCAUUACCAAAAUGGAGGGAAAUUUUUCUGCCUGUUUUCUACGUGGGCUGUGCCGAAACUUACCUGGGGACUGGCUUGACACCGAGUUCUUCAUCAGCCGAGAGAAUCGCUGUGUAUAUAAAGAUGUCUCUGGGAUGUUUGCUGAAUUCCUACCAAACUCCUGGCGGCUAAUAUUUCGGGAAACGUUUAGCGUCAGCGAGCCGGUUUUAAUGAAUUUCCGAUUAUCCAUAAGUUUGAAUUGCUGCCGUCUAUUUGUUGUGAAUAACGAUACCGGUGAAGCAGUCCCUUCGGUACUUUUUCAACCCCUGCCAUGCCUGUAUCACCCAAACGAAGCAGGUUAUACGGUUGUCGCUGAAGCCAAAUCUGGCCGUUCUCCAUGGCGAGGAGGAUCUUGGACACUGCGAGUGAUUGUUGGUCUGGACCCCUUAAAGCAUGAAAGCGCCCAAGCGGAUAUGUUGCUGCCUAAAUUUUCCAGUGCAGCACCACCGGUUGUUUUUCUUACAAAAGAGAUCAGUGACUACUUUCUGCCAGAGGUCAACAGUAGCACAAUCGCCAGAGUUGUGAUAAAAACCAAAACGCCAUCGAAUUGCACAAUCAGUUUCACCACAUCGGAUCCGGAAGUACUUAUGGAGGUUCUAAUAAUACGGAAGCAGGUGGUGAUGCACCGUGAAUGGGGACGAGGUUUAUGUAUUGUGCCUUCGUAUUACUUCAAGGAGGACAGCCAAAGCGAGCCGUACUUCCUACAGGCUAAUGUGUUAGAGAAUUCCUGGAUACUAUCUGCAGAAGACAGGAAGUUUUGCUACAGUGAACUAUUAAAGCGCUCCACUGUAGAAUACGGCCGAGAAACUCCCAUCCCCAUCCCCAUCAUAUCCCCAGCAAAAUCAGCCAAGGAGACGCCAGGAAAGAAAGGCAAAGGAAAAGACAAGGAUAAACUGGAGGAUAAGUUGGAAAUUAAAGAUGCCAUGGAUAGUGCUCGAAGCAAUAGAACAAAAGAUACUAAAGAGAAAGAUAAACCAACAGUUUUGGAUACCAGUCGCCCAUACUGGGCGGUCAGGUUUGUAUUGGACGCUAACGAUGCGGAUUUCGAAUGUAAGCGGGAUACGGAGAAAGACGACUCGUUGAAAGCGAUGCUUACCGCCGCUAUGGCCGGCGACUCUACGAUUCUUCAACGAGGAAAGAACUUCCGGGAUGAUUACCUGAAGAGAGCAGCAACAAAUGGCUUUAUUGCACCAGAUGCACAUGAGUAUGCGGACUGGAGUACAAACUGGCCGCGGCCUACAGGAAACUGCUUGGCAUCGUUCGAUUGGUCCGCAUUUGUUCGACGAGGAUCAGGUGAAUCAUCGAUGGAGUAUGAUUCGUGUACGCACGAGCAACGCAUUGCGGAACUAAGAGGACGUUACGAAGCUGCCGUAAGUACCAGGAACGAGUGGAUAGCAACAGAAAGGAGGAAUCGCGAUGAGCAGAUAGCCAGCCAGGUUCAAAUGCACAAAAGCUUGCUGGAAAACGUUGUUGCGAGAAGACUGCAGUAUAUGGACAAGAGGGAGACGUUAAGUAAGCUUCUGGACGAGCAGGAGGGACGAACCGGGAUUGUUGCGCCACCAGAGCUUCCGACGAAGACCGUCGAAAAGAAAAAGAAAAAGUAAAACUACCUGAAUUUUUAAAAAGCUUGGUUUCGGGUUUGGAAAUUCGCGCCAUUAUAAUUAAUGGUUCGCAAUCCGGAGCACAUAUGCAAAUGUAAAAUGUUACUGUAUCCGCAAAUAAUUAGUACACCGGCUUUCGUGACAUAUCUUGUUAUUAAGCACUGUUACGUUCGCGAAGUUGUUAUAUUUACAUUGCACGAUAAUGAUAAUAUCUAGCGGUGCUUGUACGUUUUCCGUUUACAAUGAGCAGUAGCAACAAACUAUAAUGAACU